CGAGGCCAGAAGGUGGGGGCGGGACCAGACGCCUCUUCCGCCCGUUGCCCCGGAAGGGUGAUGUGGCUGGGGGUAGCGGAGGUCUCACUAUGUCUGCCAUUUUCAACUUUCAGAGCCUGCUGACAGUAAUCUUGCUGCUUAUAUGUACCUGUGCAUAUAUCCGAUCCUUGGCUCCUAGCAUCUUGGACAAAAAUAAAACUGGACUGUUGGGUAUAUUUUGGAAGUGUGCCAGAAUUGGUGAACGAAAGAGUCCUUAUGUAGCAGUAUGCUGCAUAGUAAUGGCUUUUAGCAUCUUAUUCAUCCAGUAGCUGGAAAAUCCCGGAAUUUAAUUGGUGUCAGAUUUCUAUAGAUAAAGGACUUGCCUGCAGAAAACAAUGGGAAGAGCGUUUAUUGACCCUUUCAGCUGUGUACCUUGACUGAAAGACUCCUGGCUGCUGUUCUCAAUUAUAUGUGUUAAUGGACCAAGGUUGUUCUCUAUAAAUAACUAAGAUGCAACUGUUAAUACCAGGAUGGAUUGAUACCUGCGUAAUGAGCGACCUUAUUUAUAGUUCCGCCACUACGGUGGCAUUCUGUGAAUGUCGUUCUUUUUUGUCACCUGUUAUCUACAGGAGGUGUGUCCAUUGCAUACAAUAGAAAGCAAACUUGGUAAAUGAUUGCUCAAGUUACUUUCUAUAUGAUUUGGGAAAAAAAUUAUAUCCUUAUAUGAGAACAUUUCUAUAACGAACAUUUUAUUAUUUGAGAAAAAUGGUUGGAUGUUAUGCAAACAUUCACAAAAAUUGCAUUUGUAUCUAAUAAUGCUUUAAACAUGUUUUCCCUGGCCAACUCAAUUUGUACUGAGUUUUAUCUGCAGAUUACUAUAUUUUCCAACUUGAUGAAGUCAGUCUGUACAGUACACAUACAGAGAAAUUGCUAAGAUUGUAUGUAAGGGUGUUACAAGAAAAGUAUUGUUUUCAGAUCCCAUUACAAAAAGCAUGAAUUCUUAUAGAUUUUCUCAGUAGGGUAUUUCCCCUUGAAAUCUGGAUCUAGAUAUGUCUUAAGCUUUUAUUCAAAUACUGGCUGCUAAGGAAAAAACAUUUUAAAGAUGAAGGGGACUAAUUAGAACAAUUGUGAAGUGAUGGUUCCUAUGUUUCAUUGAUUUGGAUCUCAAGUCUUUAAUAAUGAAACAAUUCUAUUCAUUGCCAGAAAUUCAAAAUGUUUUUUUAAAGACCUUGGAAAUAGAUCAGUUGAUCCAUACAAAUUAUCUUUUUUGACAACUUUGAUCUGGUGAUGUUUAGAUGUCUAAAGGUAUAUAGCUGGUAUAUGCAGGUAUUGAGCUAUAUCAUAUCCACUACUUUAAUAUUCUCUAUUCUUAAAAAUAUUUGAUACAAAUCACCCUCAGAUUGAACAAAAGAGUAACAUCAGUAACUUUUAAAACAACAAACUAUAAAAGUGUAAUUUAUGUACUCUGCGAGAAUGCAGUUAUUUUUAUGGGUCUUUAAGAGGAAAGCAAAAGAGGAAAUUUUCAUGAUUGGGUACACUUAAAAUUUCUUUGUUUCAGCUGAAAUUCAGUCAAUUUCAAAGUAGAGUUCAAAACUUGUGAAACAUUUAAUUAUCUUAAGUAGGUUCCUUGUGUUGGCAGGUUGUAUACCAACUUAAUAAAAUUCUUGCUCAAAUAUUGGUGUGAACAUGUAUAUAAAUGGAUUCAUUGGGCAUUAAUUGCCCAGUUAUUUGCUCUAGAUCUGUACUGUGUGCCCAGUGAAAUAAUAAAUCUCAAAUCUGAGAAGGGCCAUAGAAAGCAUUUAAAGUACUUCCUUUCUUAUUUAUGACUUAAAAAUUGGUGAGAAUUGUAUCAGAGUAUUUCUACUAAAUUAAAAGGUCCUCUGUAGAAAAUCUUACUCACUUUUUUUCAGCCAUUCUACUCAACAAAACAUGAAAAGUUGUGUGGGUUUUUUCUUUCUUUUUUUUUUUUGAUAUAUCCAGAAACAGCCUGAAAAUUUCUCAUUUAUAGAAUAUUAUUUUCUUUUGUUUUACAUUUUUAAGUUCAUUUUCAAGGGGAAAGGAAGUCAUGGAAAUAAAAUCUUUUGUAAAAAAAUUAAA